ACGCAGGGCAAACCUAAAACCCUAAUAAAACCCUCUCUCAGAGCAUCAUGGCAACUCCAGAGACCUCAAGGGAACCAUGUCCCGAUCGGAUUCUAGACGACGUUGGCGGGGCUUUUGGGAUGGGGGCGGUGGGUGGAUCGGCCUACCACUUCUUGAUCGGCAUGAAAAACUCUCCGAGGGGCCAGCGACUCGUCAACGGCGCUCAGAUGGUCCGUAUGAAUGCACCCCGCGUUGGUGGCAGCUUCGCAGUCUGGGGCGGUCUCUUCUCCGCUUGCGAUUGCUCCUUGGUCUACCUCCGACAGAAGGAAGACCCUUGGAACUCGAUCAUCUCCGGCGCUGCUACUGGCGGCUUCCUCCAGAUGAGACAGGGCCUCCGUGCCUCCUCCCGCUCUGCUCUCUUCGGUGGGGUCCUCUUGGCUCUCAUCGAAGGGGCUGGAAUUAUGGCAAAUAAGUACUUCUCUGCCGCGCAGGAUAUUCCUAUCAUGAUGGAGGAACCCGCAACUGCAGUUAUGGGGGGAGAUCAAGAGUCUACAUCGUCUGGAUCUUGGUUUGGUGGGUGGUUUGGCGCAGGGAAGAAAAAAGAGGAGGAGAGUGGAGGAAGCAAAACUGAAAUUUUGGAGAGCUUUGAUGCGCCGCUGGUACCAAGUUUUGAAUACAAGUGAAAUUGAGGCUCUUUACAGGCAAUAAAUUUUACAAAGUCGAGUGUUUGAUGCUAGGAGGUAUGAUUUAAGAAUCUAGAACCGUAUUGAUUUAACAUUAUUACUUGAAAUUUAGAGGAAGCUUGUAUAAAGAUGCAUUUCUUUUCAAUGUUUAGUUGUGGCGAAGUCUUAUUUGCUGCGCUAUUUUAUUUAGUUUCUCAUCAAUGAAAGAGGGUUGUGGUUGUUGAGUCA